UAAAGAUGCGCGGUGUACGAGGAAGUCAGUCAGGAAAAAUGAAUCCGUUUGAAGCAGUUCUCGUAGUUCUCGCAUUGAGCAUCUGCUCCAACGCAGAAAUUGUUUUCAGUGAUGCCGAUGAAGAUCUUCUGAAAACAAUCAGGGCUAAAUGUGCUGCUUCAGAGAAGAUCGAUCCAGCUUUAAUACCGAGAGUAGAUUCUGCGGAUUUCCCCACGUACGACGAAGUUAAAUGCUACCCGUACUGCGUCUUCAGCACAUUCGGCAUAAUGACCAAAACUGGUGAAUUCGAUUUGGAGUUCCUGAGGGUCCAUAUACCUGAAGAACAGCAUCAGGUUUACCUACCCGUAGUAAAUGAGUGCAGCAAAACCAAAGCUACAGAGAGUUGUCAACGUGGUUACGAAUCAUAUAAAUGUUAUUCAGCUCAAGCUUAUGCUUAAGACCGAAGCAAUUCACACAGUAUUGUAGAACAAAAAUACAAUAAUUAUUGAUUUGUAAAUGUGAUUAAUUCAAUAGAUUAUUUAUUUAUGAAAACGCGCAAUUGAAUAUAUUAUAUUAACAUUUUCUUAGCAAAA